GCUGCAGGCCUCCAACAUGCUGUCACACAUCACACAGACAGGUCUGCAGCAUCUCAGACCUCCCGUUGAUAGACAGCUGUCAACGUCAGUCGUCUGAACAUGGAGCUCGGUGCGACCGUCUGGGCCGUCAAGAGCCGCCGUGUGCUGCUUGGUGACGUCAUCCAGCCGGCAGUCAUCUACGUCAGAGACGGGAAGAUCCAGAGCGUCCGGCCCGGCAGCGCGCUUUCCGAGGACGAGGAUUCUUGUGAGGUGUGGGACGUGGGCGACCGGGUGGUGAUGCCGGGCCUGGUGGACAGCCACGUGCACGUCAACGAGCCCGGGCGCACGUCCUGGGAGGGCUUCUGGACCGCCACGAGAGCCGCCGCCGCCGGGGGGGUCACCACCAUCGUGGACAUGCCGCUCAACAGCAUCCCCCCAACCACCACGCUGGGGAACCUGGACGAGAAGAUGUGCGUGGCCGAGGGCCAGUGCUUCGUCGACACCGCCUUCUGGGGCGGGGUCAUCCCGGGGAACCAGCUGGAGCUUCGGCCCAUGGUCUGGGCCGGCGUGGCGGGCUUCAAGUGCUUCCUGAUCCACAGUGGCGUGGACGAGUUCCCCCACGUGGUCGACGCCGACCUCCACGCGGCCAUGCAGCAGCUGCAGGGCACCGGGAGCGUCCUGCUGUUCCACGCUGAGAAGGAGGUUCCCGAGACGAUAGAGGAGAGCGGUGACCCGUGUGAGUACUCCACCUUCCUGCGGUCGCGGAAGGACGUGAUGGAGGUGGAGGCGAUCCGCACCGUCACCCAGCUCUGCCUGCAGUACCGGGUCCGGUGUCACAUCGUCCACCUGUCCUCGGCCGAGCCGCUGGCUCUGAUCCGGGGGGCCCGGGCGGCGGGGGCCCCGCUGACCGUGGAGACCACCCACCACUACCUGACCCUCUCCUCCGAGGACAUCCCCCCCAGGGCCACGCAGUUCAAGUGCUGCCCCCCCAUCCGGAGCCAGGCCAACCAGGAGCAGCUGUGGGCGGCGCUGAAGGCCGGAGACAUCGACAUGGUGGUCUCGGACCACUCCCCCUGCACCCCCGAUCUCAAGAACCUGGACACUGGAGACUUCAGCCAGGCCUGGGGAGGGAUCUCCUCCCUGCAGUUUGGUCUGUCACUCUUCUGGACCUCCGCGAGUGGGCGGGGCUUCCAGCUCUCGGACGCGACGCGACUCCUCUCCCGGAACACGGCCCAGCUGUGUUGCCUUGACGACCGCAAGGGGAGCCUGGCGCCGGGCUACGACGCCGACCUCGUCAUCUGGGACCCGGAGCGGGAGUUUGUGGUCCAGGAAGGAAACAUCCACCAUAAAAACAAGGUGACGCCCUACCUGGGGGGCACGCUGCGGGGACUGGUGCACGCCACCCUGGUCCGCGGCCAGCUGGUCUACAGAGAGGGCUCCUUCUGCCCCAAACCCUUGGGCAAGCACCUGCUCGUCUCUCCACGACAGCCUCAAACCCCCAAACUCUGACCCUAAUAAAACCGUUUUAUAACUCA